UCUUCAAUGUAAUCAUCAUUAUUUUGUUAAAUUUGCUAAAUAAAUUUCCUCGUGCUGCUGGGUUGGUAAGUUCAAAGGAUACCAUUUGUAAUCAACGAGAAAAUGGUGGCCAAACAAAUUGGUGGACCACAAAAAUUACGAAAAUUAUGGCAAACAUGUCAAUUGAAUUCGAAAAAUGAACCAAAGGAAAAACGAAAUCAUCUGAUCCGUUUACUCGAUUGUUGCCUUGUUUAUUUUCAAGAAGAAGAAUUAUCAUUCGACAACAACCACAAUCGGCCAACGACAUCGACAAAUCAAUUACAAAGAACCACUCAUUAUUGUUUGGGCAAUUGGCUCAUCCAUCAAUUUAUCAUUGAUCUAAGUAAUCAUAGUCAUUCGACAUUUCCCAAUCCCAAUCCAAGUGAUGAUCAACCAAAUCGAUUGUUCGAUGGAUAUUUUCUCCAUGACCAUGUUGGAUUCAAGUUCCUAAAAUGUUUCGAACAUUUUCUCGCCCAUGAAGGUGGCAGCUGUAUCUAUAAUAUUGAAUUGGCCAAAAUAUUUAUUCUAGUCCUUGGUCAUUUUCUUAACAUCAACCACGAUGAUAAUGAUGAGCAUUCGAUUGCCACUGAUUGUUCGACAAAGAUUGAAAAUCAAACAAAUUUCAAAGAAGAUCUCUAUCUAAAAACAUUGAAUCGAAAUGAACCAAUGGACAUUCUAUCACCGAUCAAAGUAAAAAGUUGGUUCAAAAGUAAAGAUAAUGCCACUGCUGUUUCGUUGUUUGGUGGUCGCCUAACUGCAACUAAAAAAUCGAAACAUCGGUACAACAACGAUGAUGAUGAUGGCAGUAGCAGUAGUGAUGAUGAACGUGAUGAUCAUCGACAGCGAUUAAAAGUGAUCGAUAUGGUACCAUGUUUGGUCAACGCCACCUACGACGACAAUGAUAACGACAAUACCAACAUAGAAAUGCCCCUAGUUACGAUGGCUAAUGUCAAUCAGGAAAAGCCAACAAAAAAACAACUGAUAAUGAUAUUGGAACAUUUGCUAUUCAAAUUGGUAUCAUUCGAAAAGAAUGGAUUUCGUUCCAUCCAACAAGACGAAGAUCGUGGCAAUGGGGGUUUUAGUGUUCAAGUUUCAAUGUUAAUCAUACGGGAAUUAUCAUAUUUGAUGCAUAAAUCUUUUGCCAACAAGAUAAACAUUGAGAUUAUCCAAUUGAAUCGAUUAUUAUUAACAAGUUGUACGGUCGUUUGCCGAAAUAGACCAUUGGUGGGAAUCGAAUUGAUCGAUAAAGUUGGAUUGAUCGAAUCAUGGAUGAAGUUGGUUAAUCAUCAUCACACUGACAAUUGGAAUGAGUUUAUUGAAACUGGAAAUGGCUUGCUAACCUUGAUGAUAGCCAUAUCACAAUCGUUGACACAUCUUCAUUAUACUGUCGAUUGGAACAACAUAACAAUGGCAACCAAUUUGUUUCAUUCAUUCGUAGCAUUUAUGUUUGCCGCAUCCGAUUCAGAAGACUUGGAUAAUGAUAACGGUGUUGAUGAUAAUGAUGAUGAAAAACAUUCGAAUUUGGCCACAUUUUUGUUGAAGAUUGUUAAACGUAUCGGAUUCAACGACCAACCGCAUGUCAACGAUGGCCGACUAUAUAGAAUGAUUGAAUUAUUGAAACAAUUGCAUAUUGCCAUUCAAUAUAAUCAUUCAUUAUCAUGUCAUCGCCAGAUUUGUCGUCGCCGUAAACGACGUCAUAUUCGCUGCAAUCUUUCACCAUUCCUUGUCCAUCACCAUUUUCACAUAAACAUUAAUUCAUCGUCAUCUGGGAUGGAUAAAUUUCCUUGCGCCAUAUUAUAUUCCUUAUUAAUCAAAGUGAUAUUGUUGUUAGCUAAAAAUCAUGAAUCAUCAUCACCAUCAUCGUCGAGUGUUGUUGUUGGCCGUUUAUUGAAUCAUUCAAGUCAACAAUUAUCCCAAUUAAUCAUUUGUUGUUGUGUAUUACGAAGAUAUUGCAAAUAUUUAUUAAUAAUUGCUACCACUGUUACGGGAUCGUUGGCACCAUCCAUACGAAUGGCUAUAUUCAAUCUGAUUGAAUUGAAUGUACGGAUUCAACGACAACAACCAACAAAUGGCAAACGAUCAUCAUCCACAUCAUCGUCAUCGUCCGCUACUCAAUACUUGAAUGAAUGUAGCUUUUGUCGAUUGUCUAAUGGUUCAGUAGAUGAUGGUGGUGAACCAUUACAGCAACAUUAUGAACAAGAAUCAUUAUCAUCUCCUCAAUAUAGUGAAGGUUAUGCUACCGAUAAUGGCAAUGGUUGUUGGCUGUCAUCCUAUAAUAAUAAACAGAAGCAAAUGGAAUGGGAUAAUUGUUUGAUGAUUUUAUUGGCAAAUCAUUAUCGAACAUUGCUCAAAUCUGAUUCAAUCCAAACCAGACAAUCAGUUUAUCGACAUUUAUAUAAUCUAUUUUGCUUGGUUGAUAAUCAUUGUCAGCAAUCAAUAUUAUCUCAUGUUAUCAUACCGAUCAUAUCUCAUCCUAAUCAUAACCAAUCAUCAUAUCCAUCCGAUGUUUGUUUAUUCGGUUUACGGCUCUUGACUGCUGCAGCGGCUGCCGCUACACCUGAACCCGCAAUCAACAAACGCAAUGACCAAAAUGGUGCAAAAGAUGGACAAUCGCUAAUUCAGAUGAUUUCCAAGCAAAAAGCGUGGCCUGCAAUCAUUCAAUACAUUUCAUAUUCGAAUCACGAAUCUUCGGAUAACCCCAUAUCCGACGAACUAGCCUGCCUAAGUAUCGAUUUGUUGCGUAAUUUAUUGAUGAGUGAAUUGACCGACAAUACGAUUGAUGACCAGCUACAAACAAUCGGCAUCAUUAUGGAUCUAUUCGAAGAUCAUUUUGCUGAAUGUAUUCGUCCGAAAACAAUUGAACAUUUUGAAUCAAAUCAACCGAAUCCAACGAUGGAAUCAUUGAACGAAUAUUUCGAAUACUACAAACAUCGUAGUUUUGAUAUUGUUAUCGAUAAUCCUACCGAUCAAAUUGUUAGCCAACGAAUUGAUCGAUUAACGAAAAUAUUCAUCAAUUUAAAUCGAUUGGCAUGGUUGGGGAAUAGCACGAUUAAACUUUAUCCAAAAUUGGUCCACUUGUUGAACAACAAUGAAUUUACGUGGAAAUUAUGGUUUUAUUCGGGUAAAUUAUUCAAACAAACAUUGAAUGAACUGAAAUUGCUUGUCGCAUCAUCAACACCCAGAGAAAAACAUUGGAAAUUUUGUGAACACUUGAUAUCAUUGAUGGAAUCUUUAUUAUCACUUGUACAACGCCUGGAAUCAUCGAUCGAUUCGAAUCAAACAACUAUUGAUGAAUUUAUUGGCGAUCAAUUUAAUUGUCUCAUUGAUCAUGUGAAUCGAAUAUUACAAUUGAAUCCGAUUGCUUCAUCAUCGUCGAGGAUAACCCAAUUGGUUGGACAAUUAUUAUCCAUGUUGAUUCGUGUAUCAUUCGAUUGUUCAAUCAUCAACGUUGAGCAUAAGAGUCAGACUGACUUAUUAUUGGUUGUUGAAAGCCACCAACAACGAACUUCAUCAUUCGACAGUGUUGUUGUUAUGAGCGAUCAAUGUAAUGAUGAUCAUGACGAUAAUUUGCAAAGUUUUGAUUUGAAUAUCGAUGAUGAUGGCUAUGAAGCUGAUAUUGAAUGUUUGGCUCGACAAUCGAAGAAAAUGGUAGCUGCUAAACAUGAUUCGACCGAAUGUCCAUCACCAUCGCUUCGUAAUCCUUUACUUUUGUGUACGGUAUUGAAAUUUCUGAGUGAAUGGUUGGUGGCGAAAAAACAGCAGCCACAAUCUCAGCAACCGAAUAUUGAUCGUGAUUCGAAUUUGAAAAACGAUCUAAACAUGGUAGCCAUGUGUUUCAAACAAAUUCUUGGCUAUUGUCAGGAUAAUCAUGAUAACAUUAGCAUUAUGGCUAACUUCCAACAAACUUUAGUCAAACAUUUUCGCUGGCUCUUAUCAUCCACAUUGAAUAAUGAAUAUAAACCAUUGAAAAAAUUACUAUUGCAUUUGUUAAUUCGAUUAUUGCCUAAUCGAUUGACAUCCCAAUCCAUACAAAUGCUGAUUGAGCUUUGCAAAGAAAAGGAUGCCGAUUAUGAAUCUCUGUUAUCGUUGAUGAAUAAAAGUCUUUUUUCUUCGGAGGAUGCUGAUGAUCAACGAAAUCAAUCGCCGCUACCACAAUAUUCUCUUCGAUAUCCAACAACUAGAUUAUCUUUGAACGAUAAACAAACGAAAACUCAAAUCACUGAUUGGGUCGAUGAAUUGGUUGAUUCUAUGAAUGAUGAUGAUGAUGAUGGAAUUGAUAACAACAACGAUAACGACAACAUUGCCAUUCGAUCAUUUGCAUUGGCCAUUCCGUUGAAUGGCUCUCGGAUCAAACACCAGAUUCCAUUACGAUUAACAUUAGCGUAUUGGAUUUUUCUGGAAAAACGUGCUCCACUUGUUGAAAAGACAAGAAAGAAUAGUGGCAGUGCGGGACAAAGUCAAUCAGGCCACCACUAUAGCAAUGAAUUGCACGUUUGUUCAUUGGUUUUAGAUUGUAUUACGGUGGAAAUAUGGUUCGAUUACCGUUAUAAUCGUUUUGUCUAUCGAUUAACCAGGAAAAGUAAUGGAAAAAUAUUUUGUUUGAAUGAGAAUUUCAUGCCAAGUAUUCGCGCCGAUAAUCUUGGCUGUUGGAACUUGAUUUGUCUGGAUUUUGAAGAGCAGUGCAAUAAUCAUUCACAUUCAAUUCAAAUGCGGCAAAUUUUGAAUGGUGGUCCGGAGAAACUUCUGAAAUGGUCAUAUCCAGCAACAUUGUAUAAUCAUCAUACAAAUCGUCGAACCAAUGAAUCGACAGCAUCAAAUUGUGCAGUGCUGUUAGGUUCCAAUCAAUCUCAUCGCAUUACGGAUUUUCAUUAUAAACUCUCCAAUGUUUUACUUUUCCGCGAACAUCUUCCCCCGUUUGGUCGUAUUCUGCUAUGUUCAUUGGGACCAGAUUUUCAUCAUUUUCAUCACCUGGGUGAUGAUUCCAUUCAACGUAAUGAAUAUUUUGUUCUGCCUCGCCAAUUGGCUAUCGAUGAAUCUUUGUUGGAUAUGCUGACUACAUUAAUGUCGUCGUCGACAGCCACAAAGAAUUGCUUAAUUCGAAAUUCAUCCCACUUGAUUAUGGCCAAUUUAGUUAUGGUUUAUCGUGCAUCGAAACCCAAUGUUUAUUAUCUGUGGCCUGCUCAACAACGAACAGAAUCCAAUUCGAUGAUGAAUCCAUUGCUGCGAACAUUUCUUCAACGAACAAAUCAAUCAAUUACAUCGUCAUCAUUUGAAAAUGCGGAUGAUGAAGAAGCUCAAAUCUAUUGCAUCAAAUUGAACGGUGCGUUGAACCGGAUAGAUGAAUCGAAUGUGGCUCGGAUAAUCUCCGAUACGGGUGGAAUUUCUGUAUUUCUUUUUCUAUUGCUCUAUCUAAUGGAACGUACCGAUAAUCAACAGAUAUGGAAUGAGUCGAUGGAAUUGAUUCUUCGUACCUACCAUAGUCAUUAUUAUCAUGGUUUUAUGUUUGAUUGUUAUCAUCAAGCAUAUUCAUUGAUAUCAUAUUCAUUAAAUCGUGCGGGCAAAUCACCAACGACAUCAAUGUUGAAAACCUUUGCGCAAUUUUGCUUGUAUUGGCCAUCGAAUAAUAAUGGUCAACAAUAUCCAUUGAUAAUAGUGUCAUCAAACAUUACAACAUUCAUUGAUUCAUGGCGUAUUUGGAUUCGAAACCCAGCCACUAAUAAGUUGUUUUUCCAAAUACUGUGGUCACUUACAUCACCAUCGAAUCCAUUUCAAUCGUACAAUCUUUUACUGUUACUUGAACGAACCGAUACGUUUGAUCAUCUAAUGAAUAUGAUUAAAGAUGGUCAUCUCAAUCUCAUGAUCGAUCAUAAUCACAAUGGUGGUGUUCACUUGUUCGAUUCAUAUGAUCAUCUUAUACGUUUUAUUCAAAGUUUAAUUGAAAAUAGUUGCGGCAAACAACCACGAUUAUUGCGUUCAGUAAUGGAUUGUUUGCUUCUAUUACAACCAACGCAAUGGCUGCAUGUUAAUCAAACAAAAGCAUCAUUUUAUUAUAUUUUUCCUUCCACAUGGCUUAUGGUUAAAGAUUCUUGCGAAGUUACUAAUGACGAUGAUCUCGAUAUGAUUGAAUUGAAAAAUCUGAACAAACAUUCGCAACAGCAACUAUUUUUGCCACAAUCUACCACUAAUGUCGAUGACGAUUCGGAUGAUCCGGAUGAUGAUUGGGAAAUUGUUUCGGAAUUUGUUGUUGAUAAUCAACCGAACAAGAAGAAUGAUGAUAAUGAACUACCGACCAUGUCGACGAAUGGCAAUCGCAAUGAUAAUCAACACCAUUGUCAAGCAAUCACCGAGGAAUUAAUCCGAUUUCUCGAUAGAAAUGUUGAUCAAAUGUUGGCCAACGAUGAUUGUUUGCUUUCUUCAUCAUCGGAAAAUAUUGCUUUAUUCGAUUUUCUCGUUGUUUUGGUGAACAAUCCAUCUGGCCAGGUUCGUCGACAAGCUUUGGCAACAUUUUUCAAACUUAGUCAGCUGCUGGGAUUUCAAUCAUCGGAACAAGAAUGGUCAAAACGAAAAACACUUGGUUUGUUGAUGAUAUCGAAUCAAUUAUAUCAUUAUCUGGCUGAUGAAUCGAUAAUGAAUUGUUGCAUUGGAUUUUUGUUCAACCUAACCAAUCAACGUCGUCUGGAUGAUCUAUGCAAACAUCCCGAAUCAAUGAUUAUCGAUCUAAAACGUUGGGUUGCGAAAGUAUCGCUGGAAAAUUUCAUUCCAUUAUUAGCACUAUUGCCAAAAUGUUUCGAGCCAAUCAGUUUAUGUUAUCAAAUUCUACAGAUUUUAUAUCACACUCUCGAUCAGAUGACAAUCAAUCAAUUGAAUGAUCUGCAUAAGCAAUACGGUUUGGCACAAUCAUUAUCCAAACUGUUGAUCAAUGUUAAUACAACGUUAUCGAUUCCAGCUGAAGAUCAAAACAAAUAUAACCGAGAACAUUUGAAUGAAUCUAUUUAUCGCAUUGUGGCCAUGAUCAGCACCGGCUACAAUAAUGAUUGCCAUCAAGAUAUGCAUCUUUAUGAUUAUUUGCUAAGUGAUUUAAUCAACUAUUAUGCUAUGAUUGAACGUAAAGUUUCCUCGCAGACUGUUGUCACAACCAUACGUAACGUUCAGAUAACAAUAUUCCGUUCUUGUUUCGAAUCAUUCGAUCGAAUCUAUCGGGCUGCUUCAUCGAAUAAAUCCGGUUCUGGUCAAUUGAAUGCGAAAACUAUCAUCGAUCGUAUCAAAUCGGUCGUACGAAAGUCGGUUGAUUUUAUCAUCGGUCGUAAUGCUAAAAUAGAUUUAGGACAAAAAGAAAAAUAUUUUCAACGGGAAUUACUUUAUCAUUUACUUGAAUUGAUUGAUCAGAUUGAAAAUAAAAACAAUCCGACCAAGAAAACCUGGCUUUGGAAAUCUUUUUCCUCGAAUAAUCGUGAUUACUUGAAAAGUUUAUUGAAUCAACUUUUGACAUUUCUCAUGUCACAUUUGCAAUCAUUGGAUGAUCGAAUCUUUUGCCUGCACUUGUUUUAUGAAAAAAGUCAUCAAUUCGAUCAAUUGAAGCAAUUUGUCGACAAACAUGAUGAUCAAUUUCGAUUUUUGAUGGAUGAAUUUCUUCGUGAUUUGAUUGAUUUUGGUGUGAAGGAAUUGAAUAUUUUUAGCUGGUCUGCAUUCGAUGAAUCGUUUGUUUCGGUCAACAACGAUAACAAUAGCCAACAACAACAACCAUCGGCAAUAUUGAUGAGUCAUGUUUAUCGAAAAUUUCGUCACCAAUUCAAUCUGGAUAUGGGCAUGGAAAAGGAUCAAUAUUUUUUCAAAUCCAUAUUGGCCGGCUGGCAUGAACGAAUCAAAGCGGCACGAAACGAUUAUGAAACUCGAUUGCAUCGUUCAUCGAGUCGAAUAUUCGGCGAAAUGUCCAUGGUGUAUGAUAAAGUUGUGAAUGAAGCAACUCGUGUUAAUGAUCGAAUAAUUUUAGCUCAAAAUUGCCAAAAGAAACGUUAUCUACGAUACUUGAAACGACAACAACUAGCCAAUCGAACUCAACAAAACAGAUUGAUUCAAUUGAUUGGACAAUUAUUACAUGAAAAGAGUUGUUGGUUUUUACCAGAAUAUUAUCCGCAAAGUUGGGAAUUAAGUCCAUUCGAGUGUCAGCAGGGACGCAUUCGUAUGAAAAUGGAACGUUGUUUUCUUGAAAUGGAUGAUCGAUAUGUUAUGAGCACCGACGAUGAUGACCAUCCAAGACAAUUGCGAUCGAGACAAUUGUUUGCUACAUUUAUGGACCAACAAUCAUCAUCUGUUUCCAUCAACGAACUAAGCAAAGAAAGCAUGGUGGACGAUAAUGAUAAUGAUGAGACAUUGCUAUUCAUUUCAUCGGCCAAUGUUAUUCUUUAUGAUGAUCAAAUUGAUGGCGAAAUUCUAUGCAAACGAAACAAAAUUGAAUUUGUCUGCAAUGCCAAUCAUCAUGGUGAUAAUGAUCAUUUUGAUAAUAGUUUCAGCUCGAAGCGUGUAUUUUUUCAAAAUUUUUCCAUAGAUUUGGAUGAAAUCGAAGAACUACGUAAAUGUCGAUAUGAAUUGCAGAAUCGAGCAAUCGAAAUUCUACUUGAAUCAGGCUUGACUUAUUUGAUUUCAUUCGAAUCGAUUACCGAUCGUGAUGAAUGUUAUCAUCAAUUGAUACAGAAUCGCGAUCUAUUAAUCAAUCUUAAUGAUUCGAUCAGCCUGGUGUCACUUACGCAAAUGUGGCGUGAACGUCAUCUUUCAAAUUUUGAUUACCUCAUGCAAUUGAAUCGUCUGAGUGGCCGAACAUUCAAUGACCUAAUGCAAUAUCCAGUUUUUCCAUUUGUUCUGUCGGAUUAUUCCAGUCAAAUACUCAAUCUGUUGGAUGGCCGUUGCUAUCGUGACCUGGCCAAACCGAUUGCCGUGCAGAAAAAAGAACGUGAAAAAUAUUAUAUCGAUCAAUAUGAUUACAUUGAAGCCGAGAAUCGUAAUAUUCGUGAUCAUCAUGCUAAAACGAAAAAAGCCGAUGUUGUUCAAUCAUCAAUAACAUCGAUACCUUAUCAUUAUGGUGCUCAUUAUAGUAAUAGUGGUAUUGUGCUCUAUUAUCUGGUUCGUCUACCACCGUACACUCAGAUGUUUUUGCAUUAUCAGGAUCGAAAUUUUGAUCUGCCGGAUCGAAGUUUUCAUUCCAUUCAAACUACAUGGAGAUUAGCUACCGAAGAUUCGACCAAUGGUUUUAAGGAAAUGAUUCCGGAAUUUUUUUAUCUACCAGAAUUUCUUCAAAAUUGUGAACGAUUCAAUUUGGGCAUCCGUCAAAAUGGUGAACGUGUUGAUAGUGUUAAAUUACCACCGUGGUCAAGAGGAAAUGCUCGCCUGUUUACGCUGAUUAAUCGCCAGGCAUUGGAAUCGAAUUAUGUAACACGCCAUCUGAAUCAUUGGUUUGAUUUGAUUUUUGGCUACAAACAAAGUGGUCCGGCAGCUAUCGAAGCUAUCAAUGUUUUUCAUCCUGCUACACAUUUUACGGCCGAUUUGUCGCGAAUCGAGGAUUGCGUUAAACGUAAUGCAUUGAAAACGAUGAUUAAAACUUAUGGCCAGAUGCCUAGUCAGCUAUUUCAGAUGCCUCAUCCGGCUAUACAAACAGAAGUGGCAUCCGCUAUGGAAUGUAACAACGAUGAUCAUAAUGUUAUUGCAGCAAUGAACGAAGUAAAUGGAUUAAAAUGGGGCAAUUAUGUUGGAUCACCCAUCUAUCAAACACCGGUUAUUUGUUUUCAAAAACGAUUCGCAUUUGCUAUUGAUCGUUUAGUGGCAUUGCCAACCAACGAUCUGUUGUUAUUGCCACGGAACUGUUCGCCCUUAGUUGCUUAUAAUCAGGCUCGAAAUCCAUUCAUCAAUACUAGUUAUAUCAUCUUUUAUGCGUUGUGUACUUGGUCACCACAUCAUACCACCGUUUGGUUUCGUAAUCAACAAGAUAAACGUCUAUUUUAUGCUGAAAAUGCAUUCCUGGAUGAGAUUUGCCUGUGUCAAUCGAUUCCCGAUUAUGAUUGGAUAUUGAUUGGAUAUCGUUCCGGUAGAAUCAUUGCUUAUCGAUUAAAAUUUGACAAGCAAUAUGAUCUGCACAACAUUCAAUUAAAAGAUCGACCAUCAAUGUUUGUUGGCCAUCAAUCACCGAUUACAUCGAUUACUAUUAAUCGAAAUUUUCACCUGGCUCUAUCCACUGAUUCGAAUGGACGAUGCAUUGUAUGGGAUAUGAACAAACAACAAUACUUACGAACACUACUCGACAACAAUGCCAAUGCAUCGGCAGUCAUGUCUACCAUCAGUAAUACAAUGGGCGAUAUGGCCAUAGUCACAUAUGGCAAACAACAACAACAACAAUUGACCAGUCAACUUCAUGUGUUCACAUUGAACGGACAACCAAUUGCCGAUAUUCGCACUAAUCAUUGUGAGCCAUAUAUUACAGCCAUUUGUUAUUCUUCUUGUCCGGAAGGUAUUUCCAUCAAUGUUAUUGCUACCGGACUAUCCGAUGGUUCAAUUCGGUUAUGGAGUUCUUGGGAUCUUACACUGAUUCGAAUCAUUGCUUCAAUAGCGUCUAAUUGUUUGAGUCCAAUCAUUGGUAUAUGUUAUUCUUACAAAUGUGAUCUACUUUAUCUGCUCAAUCGUGAUAAUUGCCUGAUUGCCCUCAAGAAUGGCCAUUUGGCCAUUUUGCCUCCUUCAUCCACCACCACCUCCACCUUGUCAUCAUCAUCAUCAUUAUCAUCGAAUUCAUCCUCAUCAAGAAGUGAUAAUUUUCGCAUAUUAAAUCUGACCAAUCUUGUUCCUGCUGAUUGAAUCAUGUCUGUAAAACUAUCUGUGAAUGAAUUGUAUAUUUGUAUUUUCCUUUUUGUUUAGUGAUCAUUUUGCUUGUCAUAUUUUGUUGAUUUUUAAUUAUUUUUGAAUAAAAUUUUUUAUCAUUAUUA